AUGGAGCACCAUCACGACCCCGAUGAUACCUCCCCGUCCGAGCCUUGGUUCGAACAGAAAAAUGAAGGCGAACAAGAUCCAAAUCAUGAUAAUCAACCUAUUCAAAAGCUCAGAACCCACGACUUCACUAGUGUAGAGACUUUGAAUGUACCCCAUGGCAACAUUCGGGGAUCUGUCAGUGCCGAAACCCUAAACGCCAAUGCCGAUACUCCCUUGCCUCCCAGGAAAACCCCAGAAUGGAGCAUGACACCCCAAGUCAUUCGAAAUGCAGAGCGUGAUGCCGCUGCAGGAUUUAAAAGACGCGAGUUGGGUGUCACAUGGAAAAACCUCACCGUCGAAGUCCUUGCUGCCGAAGCCGCCGUGAACGAAAACAUGAUCUCACAAUUCAACGUCCCCCAAUUAAUCAAGGACUUCCGCCGAAAGCCUCCUGUCAAGCCUAUUUUGUCCGACAGCCAUGGAUGCGUCAAGCCGGGCGAAAUGCUACUUGUCCUGGGCCGUCCCGGUUCAGGAUGCACCACCCUUCUUAAGAUGCUAUCAAAUCGUCGGGAAGGAUACCAUUCCGUGGCCGGAGACGUGCGUUUUGGAAACAUGACGCCCCAGGAGGCCGGCAAAUAUAAUGGUCAGAUUGUGAUGAACACGGAAGAAGAACUGUUCUAUCCUCGUUUGACUGUCGGCCAAACCAUGGACUUUGCCACGAGACUGAAGGUCCCUUUCCAUCUCCCAGAGGGCACUAAAAGUGCCGCCGACUACACAGCUGAGACAAAGAAAUUUCUUCUGGAGUCAAUGGGCAUCGCUCAUACGGCCGAUACAAAGGUUGGAAAUGAAUUUGUCCGUGGUGUAUCCGGUGGUGAGCGGAAGCGAGUGUCUAUCAUUGAGUGUCUUGCUACUCGAGGCUCUGUUUAUUCUUGGGAUAAUAGUACCCGUGGACUAGACGCUAGUACUGCACUAGAGUGGGCAAAGGCUCUUCGUGCCAUGACUGAUGUCCUUGGCCUUUCCACCAUCGUCACGCUAUACCAAGCAGGGAAUGGAAUCUACAACCUCUUCGAUAAAGUUCUUGUCCUAGAUGAGGGAAAGCAGAUCUACUACGGUCCUGCCGCGGAUGCGAAGCCCUUCAUGGAAGAUCUGGGAUUCGUGUACACUGAUGGAGCAAACGUUGGUGACUUCCUUACUGGUGUGACUGUUCCCACAGAGCGAAGAAUCAAGCCUGGCUUCGAGAAUAAGUUCCCCCGAAAUGCCGAUGCAAUCCUCGCUGAGUACCAAAAGUCUGGAACUUACCAGCGCAUGGUAGCAGCUUAUAAUUACCCCGACACCGAGAUCAGCCGCGAGCGCACAGAAGCAUUCAAAGAAUCUGUUGCGUGGGAGAAGUCUAGCCACCUUCCCAAAGGAAGUAGUCUGACAACCAGCUUCUGGGCUCAAGUAAUCUCUUGCACCAGAAGACAGUACCAGAUCUUGUGGGGCGAGAAAUCCACGUUCUUGAUCAAGCAGAUUCUAUCGUGUGUGAUGGCCUUGAUCGCUGGUUCUUGCUUCUAUGACUCGCCAGACACCUCAGAAGGUUUAUUCACGAAGGGUGGCGCUGUCUUCUUUUCGCUGUUGUAUAAUUGCAUCGUGGCUAUGUCUGAGGUCACCGAGUCCUUCAAAGGUCGCCCGGUCUUGAUCAAACAUAAGGGCUUUGCAAUGUAUCACCCGGCUGCAUUUUGUCUAUCGCAGAUCACGGCCGACUUUCCCGUUCUGUUAUUCCAGUGCUCGAUCUUCUCUGUCGUCAUCUAUUGGAUGUCUGGCUUGAAACAUACUGCUGCUGCCUUUUUCACCUUCUGGAUCAUCUUGUUCACGACAACCUUGUGUAUCACCGCAUUAUUCAGAUUUAUCGGCGCUGCUUUCAGCACUUUCGAAGCUGCCUCCAAGAUCUCAGGAACGGCAGUCAAAGGCAUUGUCAUGUAUGCUGGCUACAUGAUCCCAAAGCCCAAGAUGAAGAAUUGGUUCCUCGAAUUGUACUAUACAAAUCCGUUCGCCUAUGCUUUUCAAGCCGCCAUGUCCAAUGAGUUCCACGACCGCCAUAUUCCUUGUGUCGGUAACAAUCUCAUCCCAAGUGGUGCUGGCUACGAGGAUGUGGGAUCUGCCAACAGGGCUUGUGCGGGUGUAGGUGGCGCUUUGCCGGGUGCCGACUACGUGACCGGCGACCAGUAUCUCGGAUCCCUUCACUACAAGGCCAGCCAAAUGUGGCGAAACUUUGGCGUUGUCUGGGGCUGGUGGGGAUUCUUUGCCUUGUUAACCAUUAUCUGCACAUCCUACUGGAAGGCAGGUGCUGGCUCCGGUGCUUCUCUUUUAAUUCCCCGCGAGAAACUCAAGAAGCAUCAAGCUGCCAUCUACGAUGAAGAGUCACAGAACAGGGAAAAGGCUACUCACCAUGAGACUACCGACGAGCCUGUUGAUGUUGAUGAGAAUCUCUCCCGGAACACGUCUAUCUUCACCUGGAGAAAUCUAACUUACACUGUCAAGACUCCUACAGGCGAUCGUGUGCUUUUGGAUAACAUCAACGGAUGGGUCAAGCCAGGUAUGCUCGGCGCCCUCAUGGGAUCUUCAGGAGCUGGCAAAACAACACUGCUUGACGUGCUUGCUCAGCGCAAGACAGAUGGUACGAUCAAGGGAUCUAUCAUGGUAGAUGGCCGUGCUCUCCCGGUGUCUUUCCAAAGAAUGGCAGGAUAUUGCGAGCAGUUGGAUGUUCAUGAGCCCUACGCGACCGUAAGAGAAGCACUCGAGUUCUCUGCUCUCCUACGCCAGUCUCGCAACACCCCCAAGGCAGAGAAGCUGAAGUAUGUUGACACCAUUAUUGAUCUUUUGGAGCUCCAUGAUCUGGCAGAUACUCUGAUUGGCGCAGUUGGCAAUGGGCUUAGUGUCGAGCAAAGAAAGCGUGUCACAAUUGGCGUGGAAUUGGUUUCGAAGCCUAGCAUCUUGAUCUUUUUGGAUGAGCCUACAUCUGGUUUGGAUGGACAAUCCGCCUAUAACACAGUCCGCUUCCUGCGAAAACUGGCCGACGUUGGCCAAGCUGUCCUAGUCACUAUCCAUCAGCCCUCAGCGCAACUUUUCGCCCAAUUUGACACCCUUCUUCUCCUCGCCAAGGGCGGAAAGACGGUUUAUUUCGGCGACAUUGGUGACAACGCAGCAACCGUGAAGCAAUACUUCGGCCAGUAUGGAGCUCAGUGUCCUACCGAGGCAAACGCUGCCGAGUUCAUGAUCGACGUGGUCACUGGCGGUAUUGAGUCCGUCAAAGAGAAGGAUUGGCACCAGAUCUGGCUCGACUCCCCCGAACAAACACGCAUGAUUACAGAGCUGGACAGCAUGAUCUCGGACGCUGCUGCCAAACCCCCGGGGACGGUCGAUGACGGAUUCGAAUUCUCCAUGCCUCUCUGGGAGCAGACCAAAAUCGUGACCCAGCGUAUGAAUGUUGCGCUUUUCCGGAAUACCAACUACGUGAACAACAAAUUCUCACUUCACAUCAUCUCGGCUUUGCUGAAUGGUUUCUCUUUCUGGCGCCCUGGCCCAAGUGUGGCUGCCUUGAAUCUGAAAAUGUUCACGAUCUUCAACUUCGUCUUCGUCGCCCCCGGUGUGAUUAACCAACUCCAACCUUUGUUCAUCCAACGGCGUGAUAUCUACGACACCCGCGAGAAGAAAUCCAAGAUGUAUUCUUGGGUCGCCUUCGUCACUGGCCUAAUUGUUUCUGAAUUCCCCUACCUCUGCAUCUGUGCAGUUCUCUACUUCGCCUGCUGGUACUACCCCGUCUGGAGACUACCUCACGACUCAGACCGGUCCGGGGCCAUUUUCUUCAUCAUGUUAAUCUAUGAGCUGAUCUACACGGGCAUUGGCCAAUUCAUCGCCGCCUACUCGCCAAACCCGACAUUCGCAGCGCUCGUGAACCCCCUGAUCAUCAGCGUUCUCGUGCUUUUCUGCGGUGUCUUCGUGCCAUAUGAGCAGCUCAACGUGUUCUGGAGAUUCUGGAUGUACUAUCUUAACCCUUUCAACUACGUUGUAUCUGGAAUGUUAACCUUUGGCAUCUGGGACGCCAAGGUGACUUGCAACGAGGGUGAAUUCGCCUUCUUCGACCCGAUCAACGGCACCUGUGCGCAGUACCUGUCCGACUACAUGGCUGGCGAUGGCUGGAGAAUCAACCUCCUCAACCCGGAUGCCACUUCAGCCUGCAAGGUCUGUCAAUACCGGGAUGGCAGCGACUUCCUCUCCACUAUUAACAUCAGUCACUACUAUGUUGGAUGGAGAGAUGCAGGAAUUUCGGUUAUAUUCGCCAUCAGUGGGUACGCUUUGGUGUUUGGCUUGAUGAAGCUGAGGACCAAGGCUUCAAAGAAGGCGGAGUAA